GAACAACCUCCAGUUUAAAGUGCAGAAAUGUCAGGCAUCAGACUAAUGAGAACCAUCAGAGUGAGUGAGUUUGGUGCUCCGUCUGUCCUCAGGCUGUGCUCGGAUGUCCCUGUCCCUCAGGCCGGACACAGACAGGUACUGAUCCGAGUCCAGGCUUGUGGAGUGAACCCCGUGGAAACAUACAUCCGCUCUGGAUCGUACGCCCGGAAGCCCGCCCUGCCGUACACGCCUGGCUCUGAUGUAGCAGGAGUGGUGGAUGCUGUUGGAGAAGGAGUCAGCGCAGUUAAGGCAGGGGAUCGUGUCUUCACCACCGCCACAGUGUCUGGAGGUUAUGCAGACUAUGCUGUAGCAGAGGCUGACUGUGUUCACAAGCUGCCGGAUGCUUUAGACUUCACACAGGGAGCAGCCAUAGGCAUUCCUUACUUCACUGCCUACAGAGCCCUGGUUCACAAAGCUCAUGCUAAAGCUGGAGAGACGGUUCUCAUCCAUGGAGCCAGUGGAGGGGUGGGCGUGGCGGCGUGCCAGCUGUCCCGGGCUCUGGGCCUCAGGGUGCUGGGGACGGCGGGGACACCUGAAGGGAUGAAGCUGGCCCUUGGCAAUGGAGCCCACUUGGCUUUUAAUCAUCGAGAAGAGGGAUAUAUGGAUAAAAUCCUGGAGGCCACAGAGGGCCGGGGUGUGGACGUGAUCGUGGAGAUGUUGUCCAACGUCAACCUCAGCAAAGACCUCCAGCUGCUGGCCUACGGAGGACGAGUCACGGUUGUUGGUUCAAGGGGCCCUAUAGAGAUCAACCCCAGAGACACCAUGGUCAAAGAGAGCAGCAUCAUGGGAGUAGCCAUUUUCUUCUCCACACCGGAGGAGAAGAAGGAGUGUGCAGCGCUGCUCUUUGCUGGGAUGGAGGCUGGAUGGCUGCGCCCUGUUGUUGGUGCCCAGUACCCGCUGGAGAAGGCUGCCCAGGCCCACCAUGACAUCAUCGAGAGUCCCGGGGCAGCUGGGAAAAUUGUUCUGACGAUGUAAUAUAGUGAUUUACUAGAGUAAGGGUCAAUUCAGGGAGGA